GCACACUAAAUAUUCACCACUCAUUUCUCUUUGUUUUGUCAACUCGUAUGUAAUAAUAUAUUAUUACUGUUACUUCAAAUAUUGUUGUACUCAUCUUUAAAUCUUCAAACAAACUCCAUUUCUUCUCUCUGCAUUUCUCAUUCUUCACAAUAUGGCUAGUCUUUCAGCUACUUGUCUCAGAUUUGGCUGUUCUGUCAAUCAGGCCCUGUUCAACACAUCUCAGAUAAACGGAGGCACUGUGAAGUUGGUUUCAGUGGGUUGGGGAAGGACUAGUGCUGGUUUCCCUUCUCUAAGAACAUCCCGCCUUCGUGUUGCAGCUGCAAAGGCAGAGACAAUUGAUAAGGUGAUAAGCAUAGUGAGAAAACAACUAGCUUUACCAGCAGACACUAAGGUCAGCCCUGAAAGUACUUUCACUAAGGACCUCGGAGCCGACUCUCUAGACACUGUGGAAAUUGUGAUGGCCCUAGAAGAAGAGUUUGGGAUUGCAGUAGAAGAAGAGAACUCUGAGAAUAUUGUAACAGUUCAAGAUGCUGCUGACUUGAUUGAAAAACUUGUUGAGAAGAAGUAGACAUUUUUAAUUAGGAUGGGAAAAAUGAGAAUUUGAGUAUUAAUUUUAGCUUAAAUUUUUAUGGAAUCGUUGUAAUUCAUAUUCUUGGUCUUGGAUUGCAUUCUUUUUGCAAUAUUUUGGUAUCUGAAUGAUGAUGACUUUUCUUUAAUA